UUCUGUACUCACCUCAAAUGUGAUGAUUCCUCUGUCGCCGUAUUUGUCAAAUAUUUUGUUAAUAAAAUAUUGUUCGGCGAAGGUUUCGUUCGAGCCCAUGUCAGUAUCCAGAGCAUUGUUGACAUCCACCAGUGGUGGGGCGAUAUCCAUGGCAGUAAUUGUGGGAGCGACGCCGGCUGUGGCGACAGCGCACAUUGCCGGUGCAACGAGCACCAGGGUUACGACGAUGCUGCACGUGAACAUGGUUGCGACUGAGCCGAUGUGCGCGCGCGCCGCACGCGUCGGCGGACCCGCGCCUCCGCAACACACUAUCAGUUGCGCGACACGAUCACCAGCUCGCCUACCGCCACCGAUGCGAUGACGCGAUUGCUCUUUGCGCAUCAUCAGACUGCUCCCGCUUUUUGUUUGUUUGUUUCAGUUGAUUAUCGGUGAAAUCGCGUUUCGACUGCCGACUCGUUUGAUGGCAAGCGUGCUUGUGGCUACAAGUGAAGUGUGCGUCUGAGACUUUCACCUGACGCUCGAUGGUCUCCUUGAGGCCGGUUCUUGCAGACCGUUACUGAUAAUACACGUUAUUACUUGCGCGAGCACCUUUUACCGUCGCUAAGAGAUUUCGAGGAAAAAUAAAUAUUCAACGACCAAAGAAACCACACUUCGAAAGGCAGUUGUUGAUUGAUCUUGCUAAACCUGUAUACGGCACACCAAAGUACAAACUACCUGAAUCUAUGCUCUGCGAUAUAGAUAAAGGCAAAAGAAAAAUAGAAAUUGAUAAUCCAUUUGAAAGGAUAUUAGCUACAGAAUGUUUGAAUUGGUUUAAUACUUCAAAAAUGGUUGUGUUUUUGCACAUGAAUUCUAUAAGUAUGGAAUAUAAAACUCCAAUAUUUGCUACAUUAAAGAAAAAUGAUAUGCAUUUAAGAACAUAUGGCAAAAAGAUAGUGAACAUGGCUAUAAAAGGCACUCGUUAUGAAGCUGUCAACUGUUUAUUUACAUCUCAUCAAAAUAUUAUAUUUGGGCAACCAGAUAAAGCUGACAAAUUAUUAAAAGUUCUCAAAAAAGCCCCUCAAAUGGUUGUCAUGGGUGGAAUUGUUUAUGACAGAUUAAUGUCACGCAAUGAACUUUUACAGUUCAGUCAACUUCCUAAUUUAGAUGUAGCAAGAAGUCAACUAUGUGCAGUCUUGGAUAGUGCAGGUUCUUGUCUUGUUGGUCAAUUGAAUCAAAGCCAACAGACUUUAGUAUCUAAUCUUGAGAAACACAUAGAAAUUAUGUCACUUGCUCAAUCAACUGAGAGUAAGGAAUGAGGUUUUAUUUAGAUUAUGUUUAUAUAUGAAUAGUUAAUAUAGAUCUAUAUGUGAAAAAAACUUGUAUUA